UCAGUCAUAUUCAAACUUCCAUACCGAGCGGACGUGCGAUUCGGAUCGCGAUUUCAGGUUGGAAAAUAAGAAAAGUCAGAAAAAUAAAACAAAAGAGAAAUAUAAAGCUGAAGUGAAAGAGAAAUUCGGUGCGAAAGCAAUGAAAAUACAAAAUACACCGGGAACAAAGUGCGCUUAGUGAGAGAAAACGCAAACGAAAACGAAAAGGCAACAAAAAAAGUAGAAAAAAGAGUGGAACGAAACAAAGUGUCGAGGAAAAUGCCAGUUCCCAGUGUCCAAGUGGCCAAGUGAGAGUCCCACGAACGCGAACUACACCUUAGAGAAUCCCUUCCCUUCGCGCCGCCACAAACCUCACAGAAUGCCGCCGCCCGUCCUGCUGCUCCCGCUGCUACUCUCCUGGAGCUGUCUGGGAUUGGGAGCGGUAGCGGUAGCGGGUGCCGGAGCGGUAGCGGCUUCCCAGGAGUCCAAGGGAGCGGACUCCUCCUCCAGUGCCAGUGCCAGCGCCAUAAUGGGCGCCGGUUCCGGGGCAGCCGCCACAGUAUCGCUCUCCGGCGACUACUCCUCGCUGCUGUCCAAUCCGGGACAGGCAGGUGGCCAGUCCGGCACCUCGCCAGCUCCCUCGGCGGCCGCAGUCCCGCCCAGCGGACCGGGCAACCAGUGCUCGUGGUCCUACAACGGCACCAGCUCGGUGCUCUGCUCCCUGCGCCUGAUCGAACGCCAGCCGGGCCUGGAUCUCCAGGGCGCCGAUGGCAGUAGCCAGCUGAGCAUCCAGUGCAGCGACCUGUACCUCUUCGAGUCCACGCUCCCGGUGGCCGUCUUCGCGCGCCUGCAGACCCUGGAGGCUCUGCGGCUGGACUCCUGCAAGCUGCUCCAGCUGCCCAACAACGCUUUCGAGGGCCUGGGCACUCUGAAGGUGCUGCACCUGAGCACCCGGAACGCGGAGUGGGGAGCCACGCGAUCCCUGGAGCUGUUCCCCGACUCGCUCGGAGGGCUGAAGCAGCUGACCGAACUGGAUCUGGGGGACAACAACCUGAGGCAGCUGCCCGCGGGCUUCCUGUGCCCGGUGGGCAACCUGCAGGUGCUGAAUCUCACCCGUAACCGCAUCCGCACCGCCGAGCAGCUGGGAUUCGCGGACAUGAGCUGUGCGGCAGCAGGAACAGGGAGUGCCGGGAGCGAGCUCCAGGUGCUGGACGCCAGUCACAACGAGCUGCGCUCUAUAAGCGAAAGCUGGGGAAUCUCGCGGCUGAGGAGGCUGCAGCACCUCAACCUGGCGCACAAUAACCUCUCGGAGCUGUCGGGCGAGGCUCUGGCCGGACUGGCCUCGCUGAGAAUCGUGAAUUUAAGCAACAACCACUUGGAGACGCUGCCAGAGGGCCUGUUUGCCGGCAGCAAGGAGCUCCGCGAGAUCCACCUGCAGCACAACGAGCUGUAUGAGCUGCCACGCGGGCUGUUCCAUCGUCUGGAGCAGCUGCUGGUGGUGGAUCUGUCUGGCAACCAGCUGACCUCAAACCAUGUGGACAACACCACCUUCGCGGGCCUAAUCCGCCUGAUUGUGCUGAACCUGGCUCACAACGCCCUCACCCGGAUCGACUACCGCACCUUUAAGGAGCUGUAUUUCCUGCAGAUCCUAAACCUGCGCAACAACUCCAUUGGCCAUAUAGAGGACAAUGCCUUCCUGCCGCUGUACAACCUGCACACCCUAAAUCUCGCCGAGAACCGGCUGCAUACCCUGGAUGACCGUCUUUUCAAUGGCCUGUAUGUGCUUUCCAAGCUGACGCUAAACAACAACUUAAUCAGCGUGGUGGAGCCAGCGGUGUUCAAGAACUGCUCGGAUCUCAAGGAGCUGGACCUCAGCUCUAAUCAGCUGAAUGAGGUGCCGCGGGCCCUGCAGGACCUGGCCAUGCUGCGCACCCUCGACCUGGGCGAGAACCAGAUCCGCACCUUCGACAACCAGAGCUUCAAGAAUCUGCACCAGCUGACCGGGCUGCGGCUGAUAGACAACCAGAUUGGUAACAUCACCGUGGGCAUGUUCCAAGACCUGCCCCGCCUGAGUGUCCUUAACCUGGCCAAGAACCGCAUCCAGAGCAUUGAGCGUGGCUCCUUUGACAAAAAUUUCGAGCUGGAGGCCAUUCGGUUGGACAGAAACUUCCUCUCGGACAUAAAUGGGGUCUUUGCCACUCUGGUUUCGCUGCUCUGGCUGAAUCUCUCCGAGAACCACCUGGUUUGGUUCGAUUAUGCCUUUAUACCCUCGAACCUCAAGUGGCUGGACAUCCAUGGCAACUACAUCGAGGCCCUGGGCAACUACUACAAGCUGCAGGAGGAGAUCCGAGUCAAGACGCUGGAUGCCUCGCACAACCGCAUCACGGAGAUUGGUCCCAUGUCCAUUCCAAACACCAUCGAGCUGCUGUUCAUCAACAACAACCUCAUCGGCAGCGUGCUGCCCAAUGCCUUUGUGGACAAGGCCAACUUGGCCCGCGUCGAUCUCUACGCCAAUCAGCUGAGCAAGCUCCAGCUCCAGCAGCUCCGUGUGGCUCCCGUGGUGGCUCCUAAGCCCCUGCCCGAGUUCUACUUGGGCGGGAAUCCCUUCGAGUGCGACUGCACCAUGGAUUGGCUGCAGCGAAUCAACAACCUGACCACUCGCCAGCAUCCGCGUGUCAUGGACAUGGCCAACAUUGAGUGCGUCAUGCCUCAUGCCCGCGGCGCUGCAGUGCGUCCGCUGGCGGCCCUGCGGCCUCAGGACUUCCUCUGCCGCUACGAGUCGCAUUGCUUCGCGCUGUGCCACUGCUGCGACUUCGACGCCUGCGACUGCGAGAUGACCUGCCCCAGCAACUGCACCUGCUACCACGACCAGAUCUGGUCCACCAAUGUCGUUGACUGCGGUGGCCAGCAGACCACGGAGCUGCCGCGUCGUGUGCCUAUGGACUCCAGUGUGGUUUACUUGGAUGGCAACAUUUUCCCAGUGCUAAAGAACCACGCCUUCAUCGGGCGGAAGAACCUGAGGGCGCUGUAUGUGAACGGCAGUCAGGUGGCGGGCAUCCAGAACCGCACCUUCGCCAGCCUGGCCUCGCUGCAGUUGCUCCACCUGGCCGACAACCGGCUGCGCACGCUGCAUGGCUACGAGUUCGAGCAGCUCUCCGCCUUGAGGGAGCUCUAUCUGCAGAACAACCAGCUGACCACCAUUGAGAACGCCACCCUGGCCCCGCUGGCCGCCCUGGAGCUGCUCCGCAUCGAUGGCAAUCGCCUUAUGACUUUGCCCAUCUGGCAGCUCCAUGCCACACACUUUGGCUCCCGACUGCGCUCCAUCAGCCUAGGCAGAAAUCCCUGGAGCUGCCGCUGCCAGUUCCUGCAGGCCCUCACAGCCUAUGUGGCGGACAACGCUUUGAUUGUCCAGGAUGCUCAGGACAUCUACUGCAUGGCAGCCGGAGGCGGAAGCUCUGGAAUGGAUUUAAGCUCCUCCUCAAUCGAUGAGGGAUCUCUGGAGAAGAGGGAACUGGAUUUCAAUGCCACAGGAGCCGCCUGCACGGACUACUAUUCCGGUGGAUCCAUGCUGCAGCACGGCAUUCCCGAGUCGUACAUCCCACUCCUGGCUGCUGCCCUGGCUCUGCUCUUUCUGCUGGUGGUCAUUGCCAUGGUCUUCGCCUUCCGGGAGUCGCUGAGAAUCUGGCUGUUUGCCCACUACGGCGUGCGGGUGUUUGGACCGCGAUGCGAGGAGUCUGAGAAGCUCUACGAUGCCGUGCUCCUGCACUCGGCCAAGGACUCGGAAUUUGUGUGCCAGCAUCUGGCUGCCCAGCUGGAAACGGGACGACCUCCCCUGCGGGUCUGCUUGCAGCACCGAGACUUGGCCCACGACGCCACCCACUACCAGUUGCUGGAGGCCACUCGAGUCUCGCGGCGCGUGGUGAUCCUGUUGACCCGGAACUUCCUUCAGACCGAGUGGGCCCGCUGCGAGCUGAGGCGCUCCGUGCACGAUGCCCUGCGAGGAAGGCCUCAGAAACUGGUGAUCAUCGAGGAGCCGGAGGUGGCCUUCGAGGCGGAGAGCGAUAUUGAACUGCUGCCUUACCUCAAGACCUCGGCAGUGCACCGCAUCCGCCGCUCGGACCGCCACUUCUGGGAGAAGUUGCGCUACGCCCUGCCCGUGGACUACCCCACUUUUCGGGGCAACAACUACACCCUGGAGCUGGACCACCACAACCACGAGCGGGUGAAGCAGCCAGCCAGUCCUGGACUGCUUUACCGCCAGGCUCCGCCACCCGCCUACUGCGGUCCGCCAGAAGGAGCGCCGCCGCAGGGAGGAGCCGUGGUCACAGCAUCGGUGCCAGCGGAGCAGAACUACUCCACGGCCACCACAGCCACGCCGAGUCCCAGGCCACAGCGCAGGGAGCAGCAGCAGGGAUCCGGGUCAGGAUCUGGCUCGGGAACGGGAGGCCAUCAUCUGCAUGCCCAGUACUACCAGCAUCAUGGGAUGCGGCCGCCCUCGGAGCACAUCUACUCCAGCAUCGACUCGGACUACUCGACCCUGGACAAUGAGCAGCACAUGCUGAUGAUGCCGGCAGGUCACGGGUUGGAGGCUGCUCAAAGGGCACAGACCUGGAGGCCCAAGCGGGAGCAGCUGCACCAUCAGCAGGCCCAGGCCGGCACCCUGGGCUCCAAGGCAAACCAGCAGCAGCAGCAACAGCAACAGCAGCAGCAGCAGCAGCAACACCAGACAGUGUCCAGUGGCCAGCAGCAGGGACCGCAUGUCCAGGCGUAUCUGGUGUAAGAGCGAGAGCAUUCCCCUGCCGGAAUGAUGACAGUGAUUUCUUUAGGGACUGGUUCCUGUGCAUAAUUUUAAUUACUAAAAUAUGUGCGAGUUAAGCUAAGAGCAAGCGGGGAGGGGCAGCAGGAUGGCAGCAGGAUUUUAACGUAUAUUACUUUGUUUAUCCAGUGUAAAGUCAUUUUAGAUGCACUAAGCCAACACACAGAACAGGGCAGAGCAGCGCACAAGAUACAGAUACGAGUGUCGGGCGGCAUACCAGAUACAGAUGCAGGCGGUCAUGUCAGGGUGGUGUUGCUACAAUGCCAUCUCAAAGUUUCCCAACUAAUUUUCCUCCUCCUUAAACACACGCACACUCACUCUACUCGUAUGAACUCGAACCCGAACUCGAACUCGAACUUGCUCUGGCCUGGCAUUUGCUUAGCCAAGAAUUGCUCGAGGGGGAAUUUGUGAUAACUUUUUAAUAUGGUUUUAAUCAGUUGGACGCAGGAAUAAGGAUUUCCAGGCAGUAGAAUUUCAAGCUAUAAUCCAACUGCUCCUGUGUCUGUGUGUUCGUUCUGUGCCCCCAUUAAUUUGUAAAUAGCCACACGCCGUAUUUACUGCCCAAACAUAACGUAGAUAGGUAUAGAGAGAGCGACACAUACACCUCCGCAGCGCAUAGAUACAGAUACAUAAACUGAAACAGAUACAGAUACAGAUACAGCUACAGUAACCGUAUGGAUAAUUCAAUAAUCACAUCCCAGAACACAUGUAAAUUGUAUGCCACAGAGCCCCGCAGUGAAAUCGAUAAAUGCAUUUGUCAAGUAAUCCCAGCCGUAUGUAAAAAGCAUUAAUAAUUAGCCAGGGAAGGAGAUUCAUAACCAUAUGCAGAAAAGCUCAUUUUAAACACUUACGCUUACCAAAACUAACGAUAAUUGUAACAGAGGUCUCGCAGGCUGCGCGGCUCACUCCAUACACCAUAUGCAUAGCUAAUUAUAUAUAGUACAUAUAUAUACAUAUAUUCAUGGAUAUAUCAAUGUGCGUGUCUGCAUGUACGUGACUGUGUAAAGAAAAGCAAACUAACUGAUAUUAAAGAACUACUAUGUGUAUGCGGUAUGCGAAUAUGUAUCCGCCAGUACGUAUAUCUUACGAAUAUAUUAUACGAGUAAAUGUUUAACAACUGCCUAUAGAACGUACUCGAAACUCGUACUCGUACACGAGAGCAUUUAUUUCAGCACACUCGCCUACUCGUCAUUAAUUAAGCAAGUCCAGAGAUUCAGAUAACCGGAUAUAUAAAUGGAUUACCGAUCCAGUAAGACACUUGUACCAGUAUGAAAGCCCAAAACUGUUAUUUAUUUUUAUCAUUUUGUAAUAUACGCGAGAGAGAUCAGCCCUAAGUUUAGUUCUAAUGCAGCUCUACGAUAUAUGUAUAACCUAUGGAUAAUUCAAUUUUGUGAAUACAACUAUUUAUAUACUAUAUAUAUAUAUACAUCUAAAUCUAUGUACGAUUACGACAAACAACAACAAAGAUAUUUUUCUGUUUCGCCAGCGAACAAUGCAAAUGAAAUGAACAACUUUUUUAAAACAAAAA